UUUUGCAGAAAGGGCUCAAAGAAAACUUCGCUGAUGCUCAAGUCUCUGUUGUAGACUGUCCUGAUCUGACUCAGGAACCCUUCAACUUUCCUGCCAAAGGAAUCUGUGGAAAACCUAGGAUAGCUGAUGUGGGAGGUGUUCCUUACCUCAUACCUCUUGUACAGAAAGAAAAAGUGUAUGAUCUAAAUACAGUUGCAAAGGACAUAGAGCUGCCUGGAGCUUUCAUUCUUGGAGCUGGAGCUGCUUCAGCUAAGAUUCUUGGAGUAAAUGCUGAGCUUAUCCCUAUUGUUCAAACUAAGAGUGACAAAAAGCCUGCUGUAAAUGGGAGCUAUGUUGCUCAGAUAAAUCCUGCAGAUAAAGGGUGCCUGCUUGAGAAGUACAGCAGUAAAUACACUGACUGUGAGUUUGGGCUGCUGGCCAACCUUUAUGCCAGUGAGGGCCAACCUGGUAAGGUUAUUGAAGUGAAAGCCAACGGAAGAACUGGGGAACUGAACUUUGUGUCUUGUCUCAGACAAAUUUUAGAGAAACAGUAUGGAGAAAAGCCAGUUGGGAUGGGUGGUACGUUUAUCAUUCAGAAGGGGAAAGCCAAGAUUCACAUUAUGCCCCCAGAAUUUUCUGCCUGUCCUCUGAAUACUGAUGAAGAUGUGAACAACUGGCUCAAAUUCUUUGAAAUGAAGGCUCCACUGAUCUGUCAGCCAGUUAUAGUUUCCAGAGACCCAGGCUUCGACCUGCGUGUGGAGCACACCCACUGCUUCAGCCACCACGGGGAGGGAGGGCACUACCACCAGGACACCAGCCCCGACAGCGUGCAGUACCUGGGGUACUUCCUGCCUGCCGAGCUGCUCUUCCGCAUCGACCGGCCCCAGGAGACCCACCUCGUCGGGAGAGACUGA